GCAGCUGGGAGGCGCGCGCGGUCUCAAAGUGUGCUCCAAGCACGCGUUGCGGCAUCGCGGUUCGGCGCGCUAGUAGUGCACUGCUGGAAACACCACGACGAGGUAGAUUUGAGAGAGCAAUACGAAGAAAAGAGGGAGAACACGCGAAAGCAAUACGAGAGAGACGAAGAUCGAAUUAGAUAGUGAGCGCGCAGAGGAAGCAGGGAGGGUGGGACACAUCGUGGGUCCUCGGCGCUAGCGUCAGUUAUUCGGUUUACCGCUUCCUUGGCGGGUGUAGUGUGCUUACAUAUUUUUCGACGAUUGUUACGACGAAUAAUUGACAUACGUGAAAAAUUAUAAACGUACUUGGAGAAAUAUUUUGUAACGUUCGUUCUAUUACACGAUACAGAAUAAAUCUUUGGACAAGAUCUAGUGCCAUAGCGCGUAAUCCCCAUCUCCUUGAUGCCAUUUGGACGCUCGCAUUAUUUGGAUUAAGAUAAUGCAAUAAUGUCUUGGCAAAGGGUCUUCCUCGCUGUAGGACUAUUCGGUGUUCUUCUAUUGCUGACGAAUGCAGACAACAGCGUGCACAUCCUGUCAAAGUACCAAUUGAUCACUUCGACCACCCUGAAUUGGCUGCCCCGCACCCAUUAUGAUGGCUCCAAGGAUAUAGUCAUUGGUGGUUUCGAGAUCGAAAAAGUGGAAGACGACUCGUUCAACAAUCAAGCAGACAAAUCAGAAAAAAGAGUACCCCUGUACGUAUGCAGGGUAUUGCACACGACUGUCUGGGUGGCUGGUGCCCAAAGGGGUAACGAGCAACGAUGCACCGUGACGAUGCACGGUACCGUGCAGUCGUACGAUAAAUACGACUUGCUCGAGAACGUGAAGAGUGCAGCACGCGUCAACUGGGAGUACUUGGACAAAUACAAACCCACCCCGUUGGGAGCUGUAGCAACGGAGAAGAUGUUCGUCGCCCGGCACCUAGCGGAAAUCCCCAAGAACACAUCGGCGGCGAGAUAUACCCAUUAUAUAGGCACCUUGGCCACCAAUGACAACAUUCUAGAGAGUAUCAGCUACGUGAAAGAUGAUGGUACAGAAGGAAUCGCAAAGAGUGGUGAUGUUCUGGUCGAAACGGAACCUAUCUAUUAUAAUCUGACGAUGGUUAAAUUAAGUUGGCCUAAAAAACGAGUGAUCAAAAUGUCAAGUAAUCCCUGUAUAUUUGAUAACGCGACGAUCGUCAAUAAUGGACCGGAAGCUGCAAAAAUGGCGAAAGCUUUCACUUAUACGUACAAUUAUUCUAUGUACUGGGGUCAAGGUCACGCCAUUCUGAAAGGCCUAAAUACAUCAAUUAUAUUGAUGAAUGGUACAACUUUGCCACAAAUAAUGUGGGGUACAAAGGAAAUUAGUACUCGUACUGAUGCAUAUACGGUGGAAAUAAUCCUCGAACCCGGUACAGGAAUAAAUGUUACUCUAAAAGGUUAUUGUAUCGAUAUGGAAGUACCCUAUUCUGGAGCCUUAAUUUCGCAUUACGAAGAUGGAGAGACCAAAUCUCGUGUGAUAAGCGGUAUUCGCAGCGAACAGACAAUAUUUGAUGUAAAACCCGAAUUUGGAUCUAUCUAUUUCCUUGGAAAUUACAGUUUAGUUCCUACAACCACCGCACCACCAACAACAGAACCGAGCACUACUACUACUACUACCACAAUUUCUCAAAACAUGAGCAAAAAUAUUCAUCGUGAUCAUAAUAUAGAUGAUAACGAGGAUCACGAUGAGAACAUGAUCAUACCGCCGAAAAAAUCCGAUAUAUCUAAUAUGCAAAGCGACGAUGGUGGACCGUUGUCAUUGAAGAAUAAAGUAGAAACGACGCAUUCUGGAACAUCUCUAUUUAGAAUAAAUUUAGAGAUCGAGUGUGGAUAUGAAAUAAAAAAGCUCCUUCGUUAUAAAUUGCUGAUCAGUCAGAAUGCCAUGUCAGAGCUGACAUAGUGCUUGCCUUUCAAAGAUGAAUAAAAAAUACUUCAUAUUUAAUAUAUAUAUAUACAUAAAUAUAUAUAUAUAUAUAUACACAUUUAGGAUAGCGAAGAAUAUCUUAACGAUGAGCUAGUCUCAUGACGAAUGUUAAGUACAAGCGAUCGCAGCCAACAUAUAUAUGGAUAUGUUAACAACUAUGGAUCGUUAACAUUUACCUCUAUAUUGUUGAAUUAACUGAUGAAUGUAAACUAAUGACAUUCCGUCUUUAAACUAAUCUUGCUGUGAAUCGAUUUUCCAGUUAAACUAUUUUAUGCCUUCGCAAAGUGUACAUUCUAGAAUCUUCUCUGGGAAAAAUUUUGAAGAAAAGCUUUGAAUGGAAAAAAGAAUAAAAAAGAAAAGAAUGAUAUCCUUUUUUUUGAGAGAGACGUGUUCAAAAAGAGUUUACAAUUACCACAGGUAUUAUUUCGGACAACUAUAUAUGUAUAUAAGAAUGUGUAUAGCUUCUAAAGGAAGCUUUUAAUGAUGAAUAAACGAAUGGAAAUUGAAGAAUAAUAAAAGAGAAUAAGAAUGUGGAGAGACAAAGAUUCGCGAAUUAAUGCAGUUAUAUAUUUUUGAGAGUGCAGUAUAAUUUUAGAAAAUUGUAAGAUUUAUAAAGGUGUAACAAAUAAGAAUAUGUAGAGUUCAGGUGGAUGGGUACGUGGUAUUUUUCCAACGCUAUUUUAGUAUUAUUUAAUCGACUGAUGUAAAGCUUUGAAAGACCCUUAGAUAAAACAAA